CCAUUCCAAUGGGGAACUGCUUGUCCUCCCAGAGUGCGGAUGAUCUGUCGCUCCUGAACGACUCCGAGGGAGCCAGCCUACCCGGGGAGCCACCGCCUCCUUACCAGGAGCGCGUGCUGCCGCAGGUGGCUCCUGUGUUCCACCCGACCCCGUCUCAGCCACGGCUGGCGGCCCAGCUGACGGAGGAGGAGCAGAUCAGGGUGGCCCAGCGCAUCGGCCUCAUCCAACACCUGCCCAGAGGCAUAUACCAGCCCUCGCAGGAGCAGCACCCAGAGAAGGUGCUCAAAGAGUGUGUGAUCUGCAUGAUGGACUUUGAGAUGGGGGAUGAGGUGCGCUACCUGCCGUGCGUUCACACCUACCAUGUGGACUGCAUCGAUGCCUGGCUCAUGCGCUCCUUCACCUGUCCCUCCUGCCUCGAACCCGUGGACGCCGCCCUGCUCUGCUCCUACCAGACCAACUGACCUUUGACCUCUCAGCAUUCACUAUUGUCGUCUCUGAUUGGUCAAUACUCUACUACCAAGGUGUUUGAUUGGACUGCACCGUAGAUCUUUGAUUGACAACUGGUUGCUGCACUCAUUCACCUGUCCCUCCCGUGGACGCCGCGCUGCUCUGCUCCUACCAGACCAACUGACCAUUCAACAUUCUCAUGUUUGAUAGGUCGCCAUCCCACAAUCCUCUGCUGUAAUUGGCCAAUGCUCCACUACUCUCCUCUGUGAUUUGACCGUAUCUGCGGCAGCAUGGCUGAUGCGGCCCUUCACACCUGUCCCUCCUGCCUCGAACCCGUGGACGCCGCCCUGGUCUACUCCUUCCAGACCAACUGACCCUCUGAACCCUCAGACUCCUUUCAGAAGUCACUAUUCUCAUCUCUGAUUGGCUGCCACCCCAUCAUUAAGAAAGCAGAGAAUGUGCGCACAUCAAUGGCACAGGUGUUGGACGAAACUAUGUAAAUAACUGAAGUAAAUGACUGUUAAUUAA